AAAGGGGGAAGAAGAAGUUAUUCAAGAGUUAUUCAAACGCUUGUAUAAUACGGUUGUUAGCUGGGGAAAAGUCAGGUUGAUUCGAAGUUAGAGCUGUGUAGCCAUUUGUAGCUUCAGAUGUUUUCAAAAGUGAGAACAUGUCUGACUUCGGGUUUAGCCAGAUUGCCCAGUUGUGUAAAUUCAAGAGUAACAUCUGUGCUCUGCAAACAUCAGCAUCGCACCUUCAGUUCUGAGUCUGGUGUCAGGGUUCUGUAUGAUGGGCUUUGUCCAAUAUGCGUGACUGAGAUCCGUUUCCUCCAGUUUCUGCAGAGAAACCAGCCUGAGAAAGUACAUUUCAUUGAUAUCUCUCUGCCAGGUUAUGAUGGAACAAAAUACAAGGAUAUCACCUAUGAGAUGGCCAUGAAGGAAAUGCACGUGAUUGAUAAGAAAGACAAGGUUCACAGCGGAGUCCCAGCAUUUGCAGUCAUGUAUAGUGCCGUAGGCCUUGGCUGGUUGGGUCGCUUUAUGAUGUGGUCACCUGUGAGACCAUUUAUGGACAAAUCCUAUGACAUCUUUGCCAGGAACCGCCUAAAGUGGACCGGACGUGGAGAGGAGUGCACCACAGGACGCUGUGAAAAGAAAAUACCCUGAUGCUCCAGCACUGUUUUAUAAGUACUGUAAAUACAUGAAGAACUGCAAAAAAAAUGAAAAAAAUGGUUAUGUUGGUUAUGUAGUUCACCUAAAGUAAUUUAAAAUAACAACAAUGAUGCAGAGAUAAAAUUACGACUGUAAAAUAGAGCUGCAAGAUGAAUAUAUUCAAAGAAAUAUUUCUGAAUGUACAGGUUUCAUUAAAUACAGUUUAAAAAUCUGUUUUUGACCGAUAACAGCAUUUUGUCAUGAUUUUUAUUCUUCCUCUGGUGUGUAUUCAUAUCAUCAGUCCAGUAUUCCUUCUAACAAAAUCACUGGGGAGGUGGCAGUCAGACCAAAGAUAGUGGCUAUGGAAACAGAUUUAAAAAAAAAGAAAAAGCUUUGCUGUACAUAGAAAGAAUCAUUCUUGACAGAAAGGAUUGUGUGUUCUGUAAAGGACUGUCAUGUAUUCAUCAUAUACACGGUGCAGAGAUAAGACUCAAAGUCACUGAAGCGGAAUAUGAUCAAUUUCCUGUCAUGCACAGCGGUUCAUUCAAAGCCGAUUAAGAACCAAACUGUCAAGAAUCUGCCACUAGAUGUCAUUGUAAGUCUGUGAGAGUGAAAUUGUUCUUUAGGAAAUGUGCUGAAUUUUAGCAAACUCUGAUCACAUCAUAGACAGAAGAACAAAUACAAGCAGAAAUGUCAAAUUUAGUGGAUUUGUUUAACAAAAAAAUCAAAUAAAACUAUUGAAGCUC